AUGCAUAUUGCUUCUGAAGUGACAUCGACAACUGCUCCACCAGAGCAAAAUGUAAAUUCUGGUGCUAAUAAUCAACGAAAUUCAUCAUCAAAUUCCACGAAUGGUGGUUCAGUUGCGACAAAUUCUGGUCGCGAUUCACCGUUGACAGCGGAAAAUUUAGCUGAACGAACAAUCGAUUCAUUAAUUGCAGAACAUCCUGGUGAAUUAACUCGAACAGGUUCUCCACAUAUUGUUUGUUCGACACUUCCAUCACAUUGGCGGUCAAAUAAAACUUUACCAGUAGCAUUUAAAGUUGUCGCUCUUGGUGACGUUCAAGACGGAACUCCAUGUCACUUAAUGUGUGGAAAUGAUGAAAAUUUUUGUGGAGAGUUAAGAAAUUGUACAACCGUGAUGAAAAAUCAAGUGGCAAAGUUUAAUGAUUUAAGAUUUGUUGGUAGAAGUGGACGAGGAAAAAGUUUCACGCUAACAAUUUGCAUCUCAACAACACCAAUGCAAAUUGCAACAUACACGAAGGCAAUAAAAGUGACGGUCGACGGUCCCAGAGAACCGCGAAGUAAGAUUCGUCACCAAGGCUUCCAUCCAUUUGCAUUUGGACCACGAUUUCCAACAGAUCCUCUAAUUGGUGGAAUUCAAUUCAAACUCGGUUUCCCUCAUCAUUUACCAGGAAUUCCAACAUCACAAGCUCAUCUCGCUGGGUCACCUGAUUGGAGAGUCUUAAAUAAUCGACCGUUUCCACCGUCACAAUAUUUUCAUCAUCACCAGCAUUUUGCAACACAUAAUGUGUUAGCUGCAAUCGAUCGAAUGGAGCGACCUUUCUUGGAUGCCAACAAUUCAAUUACAAGUCAAACGAAACUUCCAACAAACACAAACAGUCCAAGAAGUUCUCCUGAAAUUGGAAACACGAAAAUUACCGAAAUUUCAUCAUCUAAAGAUGACGAUGACUUUGAUAAUGAUAAUGAGAAUAUUUCUGUUACGGGAUCUCCAGAUAUAACAUGCGAUGGUGAUACAUUAAAUGAAACGAAAACCGAAGGCGCUUUUACAUCAAUCAUACAGAAAAGUCAAAGAAAAUCCGAAUUUACAACGCAAUUUCCAGUCAAUUCACACUUCACAGGAAACACUAAUCCUAUGAUUAAUCAUGCUUUAGCGGCGCAUCUCUUUUUUCAAAAUCCCCUCCUGCCUCAACCAAACCAGUGGCUUUACAAUCAUUUGUAUAACAAUUAUCACGACUUUCCUUGGUUACGUCACUCACUCGGGUCUAAUUCAUUGACAAAUGGAAGCACUGAAAGUUCACAAAUUGAUGCAUCUUCGUCAUCAUCCGGACUUAGUUUCAUCAAACGUUCAAUAACUUUGUUAACUAACAACAAUUCGAAUGAUAAGGAAAAUGAUUCUGAUGUUCAAUCUUCAUCAUCCCCUCCAGUCUCAUCAACGAAACGUUCUCCAAGUCCCGAAGCGGUUGCCGACACCGUGGGGAACAAACGAAAACGAUCGACCAGUGUGGAAUCAAUCACUAAAGAAAAUUUAAAUGAGAUAAAUUGCAAAACGGAAAAUUUCAUCGGUCGAAAUCGAAUGGUUGCGGGCGUAAAGCAUAAUGAUGUAUGGCGACCAUACUAAGCUUCUAUGCUUAAUUAAAUUACUUUCAAUCCCCUCCCGUUGUUGUAAUUCGAUCCCUUAUCAUAUCAUGAUAAACCUUUUUUAAGUUUUUCACCAAAAUGAAUGAACAUAAAACAUUUUACUUCAUCCCUUUAGUCUGUUGUUGUUUCGUAGAAGAAGAAAAAUCGUCCACUUUAGGUCG